AUGGAUGUCAGCAAUCAGACUCUUGCUACAGAAUUUGUAUUUCUGGGUUUCUCCAGCAUCACACAUGGUCAGAUCUACCUCAUCUUGGUGUUCCUCGCCAUCUAUCUGGUCACCAUUCUGGGUAACAUCACAAUAAUCACCCUCAUCCUGUUCACUUCCUUCCUUCACUGUCCCAUGUAUUUUUUCCUCAGCCACUUAUCCUGCUUGGAUGUCUGCUACUCAACAGUCACAGUGCCCAAGAUCCUAGCAAGUCUCCAUCUCCAAAGGCACAGCAUUUCCUACAACCAUUGCUUUGCCCAGAUGUUCUUCCUGAUGGCCUUCCCUGGCUCAGAAUGCUGGUUGCUGGCCAUCAUGGCGUAUGACCGCUAUGCUGCCAUCUGUCAACCGUUGCGCUAUUCUCACAUCAUGAGCCCACAUGUUUGCAUGCAAGCGGCCAUUUUCAUCUGGAUCUGGAGCUUUCUGAAUUCAGCAGUGCACACAGCCUUGGCCUCCAAGUUACAUUUCUGUGGAGACAAUCAGAUCCAUCACAUCUUCUGUGACCUCCCACCACUGCUGAAAAUCGCCUGUAGUGACAUAUAUGCCAACCAGAUAACAACGCAUAUAGCCACCCUAUUUGUGGGACUGACCCCUUUCCUUUUCAUUGUCAUCUCCUACUUCUACAUCCUUGCAUCCAUCCUGCGCAUCCGCUGCAACUCGGGCAGACAGAAAGCUUUUUCCACCUGCUCUUCUCACAUGUUGGUGGUCAUCCUUUACUUUGGAAAUGGAAUCUUAAACUACAACCGGCCAAGCUCUGGCUACUCCCUGGAGAUUGACACCCUGAUUUCCACAGUGCAUUGCAUUGUCACCCCGAUGUUGAACCCCCUGAUCUACAGCCUCCGCAACAAGGAGGUGAAGGGGGCCUUGCGGAAGGUAUAUUUAAAAGUUCUUUUGUUAAGGAACGAAGGAAACUGGCCCAGUGCGGUUCAGGAUGGGAGUGAUGUAUCCAUCCUGGCCUUCCUUGAUCUGUCAAGAGCUCUGAAGACCAGUGUUCGUGGCAUUCUUCUGGGCUGGCUGAGCGGGCUGGGAGUGGGAGACACGGCUCCUCACCGGUCCUCCUUCCCGCAAGGCCAGUCGCAGUUCAUGUCGAGCCCAGGGCAGGACUACGCUCAGGGCCCCCACGCCAAGGCACGCUUCACCCAAUGA